GAAGCGGUGGCAGUUCUCCAUCGCCCGGGCGACAGUGGCGGGUCUCUGCAGUCUGUAAACAGCUAAGGAAAAAAGAAAGGGAAGCGACCCUUAUUUAGGAAAGCGGCAAGUUGGGUGGGUGGGGGGCCAUGCCAGCCCCCUGACAAUGUUCCAGAUUGCUGAGUAUCAUGAAGAUGAUACUUUCCUGACUGGAGAGAAAGAACCGCAAGAUCCCAAGCUGACCGGCAGAGGAGCUGCAGGAAGGAACAAGGAUCCAGCCAGUGUGGCUAGCGGUGAAAAUUCAGAGCUGAGACGCCGCAUUGGAUCAGACCCCCCCUUGCCGGAUUCCGAAGCCCCAGAUGAGGUGGGCGCUUUCCGGGCACGCUCACGCUCUGCCCCACCCAUCUUGUGGGCUGCCCAGCGGUAUGGGCAGGAACUGCGCAGGAUGAGUGACGAAUUCCACGGUGCACUGCAGAAGUUGCCACGCCCCAAGAGCGCUGGGACCGCCACCCAAAUGCGCCACAGGUCUGGCUGGAAGGAGACUCUGCAGUCAUGGUGGCAUCGAAGUUCUCCGGGCAAUGCGAGCCCCCCAAGCUCCCCGUGAUGGUGUUUGACCACUGUCUGUUACAAAUGAGGGAAAGGGGCAGAGGGAUGCAUCUACAGGGUCAGUGUGGCACACUCUUCACUGUGCUGUCCCCAAAUAUCUGAAGGGUGGGUAUGGGUCAUUGCUUAGCACUUCUAUUCCCAACCUCCCUACAAAAGUCCCCCCCAGUAUACCAUGAUGCGUAAGAAUCUGACCUGUAUGGGAUCGACGCCUUUUCUACCCUCUCUCACACAUAGUAUCCUACACCCUUAAUUCUGAGGGGAUCUCAUCCUACACCUUCUACAGACAGUACCUUCACAAAAGAAAAAACACUGAAUUCAUUGCUAACGUAAGAGCCCUAAGUUUAUUUCCCUAUGGAGAAAUUUGUAUGAGCUUUUAUUAAAUGUUAAUUCUGUCUUA